AUGGAAAUUCUGAAAAUAUUGUCAGAUUAUUGUGUUGGAUAUUUCGAAGACUUAUCAUUCGAUUCUGAUUACUUGGAAAACGAAAGUGUUAUUAUGCAACAUAAACGAGAAAAUACUAGAGUUCAUUUGGUGGUUGAUGGAUCAGAACAAAAGAUACAAACUCCAAAAGACAAGAUACAGAGAGAUUUAACUUAUUCAGGAAAGAAAUCAAUAAAGAAAGAUGAUGAGAAAAGAGAGAGGUAUGGAGGAAUCAAAAUCCUCAAAGAGUUUUUAACUCUUCAAAAGAAGUGUGAGAAAGAUGGAGGAUAUGAUUUAACUAGAAUAAUUGAAGAUAAAGAAGAGGAUAACAAAAUUAAAAAAGUACGAAUAAUAAUAGAGAAUGUAUUCGCUACAAUGAAGAAAAUUUUUGGUCAAGAUACUUUUGCUGAAGAGUCUCCGGAUUUAUCAUCAAAAAUGAUUCCAAAAUAUUUUCAAGCAUCUUCCGAUGAAGUAGAUUUUUCUUUACAAGAUUCACUCGAUUCUAGUGGCAACGACCAAGGAUAUAUUACUUUUCUGAUAGUUGGUUGUGUAAUAUUAUUCAUUGUUGCUGUCAUUGCUGGAAUUUAUAAAUGUCAGAGACGUCAAAGAUUGGAGAGAAUGAUAAUAGAAACUUACAAUAGCAGAAACCAACAUUGUUGCCAUCCAACCUCUAGUUCCGCUGUUGCACAGCCACAAAUCAAAUACCAUCUAUCCAUUGACGAUAUUCAAUAUUACAACUCUACCUAUAGCAAUUCAUUAAACAAAGUCUAA